AUGGAUUUUCCGGGAGGGAGCGGGCGGCCGCACCAGCAUCAGCAGCACCACCACCAGCCGCUGCCGCCGAUGACGCCGCUGCCGCUGACGCGCCAGGGGUCGUCGGUCUACUCGCUCACGUUCGACGAGUUCCAGAGCGCGCUCGGCGGACCGGGCAAGGACUUCGGGUCCAUGAACAUGGACGAGCUCCUCCGCAACAUCUGGACGGCCGAGGAGUCGCAGGCCAUCGGCGCCGGCCCCAACGCCGCGGCCUCCUCCUCCGCCGCGGCGGGGCAGGACCACGGCGGCAUCCAGCGCCAGGGCUCGCUCACGCUGCCCCGGACGCUCAGCCAGAAGACCGUCGACGAGGUCUGGCGCGACAUGAUGUUCUUCGGAGGACCCUCCGCCUCCGCCUCCGCCUCCGCCGCCGCCGAGGCUCCCCCGCCGGCCCAGAGGCAGCAGACGCUCGGGGAGGUCACUCUCGAGGAGUUCCUCGUGCGCGCCGGCGUCGUGCGCGAGGACAUGCCGGGGCCGCCGCCGCCCGUCUCGCCGGCCCCCGUGGCCCAGGCGCCGCCUCCGCAGCCACAGAUGCUGUUCCCUCAGAGCAACAUGUUUGCUCCGAUGGUGAAUCCUCUGUCCUUGGCCAAUGGGUUGAUGACCGGAGCAUACGGCCAGGGAGGAGGAGGUGGUGGUGGUGGUGCGGCCGCUAUGGUUUCGCCGUCGCCGACGGGGAGGCCGGUCAUGUCCAACGGCUACGGCAAGAUGGAAGGCCUCAACUUGUCCUCGCUGUCGCCACCACCGAUGCCGUAUGUUUUUAGCGGCGGGCUGAGGGGGAGGAAGCCACCGGCCAUGGAGAAAGUGGUCGAGAGGAGGCAGCGGCGGAUGAUCAAGAACCGGGAGUCUGCGGCGAGGUCGCGCCAGAGGAAACAGAGUUAUAUGAUGGAAUUGGAGAGUGAGGUGGCAAAACUUAAAGAGCGGAAUGAGGAGUUGCAGAGAAAACAGGCGGAGAUGCUAGAGAGGCAAAAGAAUGAGGUAUUCGAGAAGGUUACCCGGCAAGCUGGACCGACGUCGAAGAGGAUCUGCCUGCGGAGGACGCUGACGGGCCCUUGGUAA